AAAUCUUGUUUCUUUUGUCUCUCUUCUUGUUUCUUUCUUCUACCUAACACUAACACCAUUUUAACUGAAAACUCACAUUCUCUUGCCCCUUCAUUUUAGGCGGAUAAACCGGUGUAAAUUUGACAGAUCCAAGAGUACAAAUUCUUAGCAAAUCAAGAGCUAAGAUGGAGAAGAGUUUUGAGUUUCGUCGAUGGGAUGAAUUGAUUCCUGAUGCACUUGGGCUAAUAUUUAGAAACCUUUCACUUCAAGAGGUAUUAACUAUAGUCCCAAGGGUGUGCAAGUCAUGGGGAAAAGCAGCAAAGGGUCCUUAUUGUUGGCAAGAGAUUGACAUUGAGGAAUGGAGCAAAAAUCGAUGCCCUGAUAACCUUGAUCGGAUGCUUCAAUUGCUUAUUACAAGAAGCUGUGGCUCUCUGCGUAAGCUUUGUGUUUCCAGUCUCUCUCGCGACUCAAGCUUCUCAUUCAUUGCAAACAAUGCCAAAUUUCUGCAGAUGUUGCGGUUGCCAAAAAGUGAAAUAGGUGAUUCCGUUGUGGAACAAGUUGUGGGAAUGUUCACGAACAUUACAUUUUUGGAUGUAAGCUACUGCUUAAAAAUAGGAGCCAGAGCCCUUGAAGCUAUAGGGAAGCAUUGCAAAUGUCUCACUGGUUUGCGUCGAACAAUGCAUCCCCUUGAGGUUAUUGGCAAGCUAUCCCAAGACGAUGAAGCCUUGGCGAUAUCAAGUACAAUGCCAAAUCUCAAGCAACUCGAGAUUGCCUACAUGUUGGUUGGUACAACAAGCAUAAUUGAGGUACUUCAAAACUGCAGAUGUCUUGAGCUACUGGAUGUAAGAGGUUGUUGGAAUGUGAACCUCGAUGAUGAUUUCAUGAAGACAUUCCAUCAGCUAAAGGUGGUUGGUCCGAUUGUUGUAGACUGCUAUGAUGGGAAUGGCUGGGACAAUUGCUCUGACUAUUCAAGUUCUUCUGGCUAUGUACGGUGGGAUUUUGUGGCUGGUGAUGUGGACGAUGAUGACUUUGAUGAGAUGUCUGAUGUGUAUUGGGAGGAUGAUCAAGUUAUUGAGGAUGUCGAAAUGUGGUUUUAUGAUGACUUAAAUGUUGUGGACUCUGGAUAUGAUUGGCCGCAAUCUCCUUGAGGUUUGACGAUCAAAUUCUUACUUAUUCAAUUUCCAGAA